AUGGUCACGAACUGCGCCGCCAUCAACAUCCUCAGGAUGAACGGGUUGCCCAGGACCGCGCACAUGACGGGGAACAGCUUGGCCAUCGUCUGUGCCUGCAUUUGCGGCCGUGUCUCCACCGUGUCCACUGGGAUCCGGCAGGACCUGCCCACUUCCAUCUGCAGCGCGUCGCCUCAUGCCUUGGGCGCUGCUGGUCCCCGAGGGGCCGCUCGCGCGCCGCGGCCAAGCGCGCCGCCGCGCCUCGGGGAGCCGGGCUGCUUGCCCCUCCUGUCGCCGCGCUGGCGGGAAGCGGCUGCCGAGUAA